UCAACACUGUGUUAAUUUGAGUCAUUGCUUGUGUGUCACAAUGAAAUGUGUUAGAUUUGUUUUAGAUGGGAGUGAAACAACAAAAAAAAACAGGUCUGAUUUAAAGCCUGUUGUUCAUGUGUGUGGUGGACAAUUGUUGAUUUUCAGUUAGAGGGAAUGGAUUUGACCAUUUAGUCCUUGCUGUACAAAUACAUUUCAUGUUGAAAUCAUCACAGAGCCAUGUUUUCAUUAGAUAAUGAUAAGUGCAUCUGUGUGAGGCCAGCACAUGUCAUUCUUGUAUUGAUGAUUACAGCAAAGAUUCCUGUGUAAACUAGAGCAGGUCCAAAGUUUAGUAAAACUGAGACUGGUGGUGUGGAUCACUUGUGAUCAGCUUUUUUUCUUUUACUUGUUGAUGUUGUUGACUGUGGUCACCUACCAGAAUUGAGUGUCAUACUGUUCUAACUAAACAUGUCUACUGUUAGGAGCUUGCGAAGGUAACCAAUUAUUAAACAUUAAAUUACACCCCCCCCUCCCCCCUUUUCCCCCACCCCAAUCCAAAUAAACUUAUCAUUGAUAAAAAAUAAAAUUGGAUUCUUCAAGGAAACACGAUUAUGUAUUGAAAUUUAUACAGAAAUCUAAGGCCAUAAGAAUUUAAAGCAAACGUAUGCACAAACAAAAUUAGGCUGCAGAAUUUCAUCAAGAAAAUCACAUGUCUUUCUCAUGGAAUGUCUAUGGCAACAGAAAUAGGGGCUGAUCAUUUAAAUAGGGACUGAUCAUAUAAAUAGGGACUGAUCAUAUAAAUAGGGAUUGAUCAUAUAAAUAGGGAUUGAUCAUAUAAAUAGGGACUGAUCAUAUAAAUAGGGAUUGAUCAUAUAAAUAGGGACUGAUCAUAUAAAUAGGGAUUGAUCAUAUAAAUAAGGACUGAUCAUAUAAAUAGGGAAUUAUCACAUAAAUAGGGGCAAAUAGGGGCUGAUCAUAUAAAUAGGAACUGAUCAUAUAAAUAGGGGCUGAUUAUAUAAAUAGGGGCUGAUCAUAUAAAUAGGGAUUGAUCAUAUAAAUAGGGGCUGAUCAUAUAAAUAGGGACUGAUCAAAUAAAUAGGAACUGAUCAUAUAAAUAGGAACUGAUCAUAUAAAUUGAUCAUAUAAAUGGGGACUGAUCAUAUACCAUCAGUUCCAAUGAUUGUAAAACUCAAGAUAGUGAGAAGUUAGAGGAAGGAUGUUGGGGGGGGGGGGUAUUGACAAGCAAGGGCCAAGAGAAAUGGGAAAAACAUUCUGAAAAGCUGAUUCUUUUGACCAGAUGUAAGAACAACAAAUAAAAUAAAAUAGAGUUGAUAGUGUGAUUGGGUUAUUUAAGGUGGACUAUUUUUUAAAUUCAGCAGCAGUAAAAUGGCAUUUGGAGGUUUUGACAAUCAGUAUGUUAAAUUUUGUUUGUUGUUUCCUUGCAGCAGGAGAAUGGCUACAGGUGGUGAGGCCAGCGCCACAACCAAUCGGAAGCGACCUCAUGCUCAUGAUUUCUCUAGUGUGGACAGGGAGGUUGAACACAUUAUGGGAGAUUCUAGAAGGUCAAAGCUACAAGCAUCCAAGGUAAACGGCUGACCAUUAAGAGGAUUUCUGGGAAUUGAAGUAAUGUCACCAUUAAAAGAUCCAGGGGGAAAGGAAGAUGUGGGGGGGGGGGCAUAUUGUCACUUGACUUAAGAUUUUCAAGAAGCCCAUAUUUUAAAAUAGCAACAACAAAAAAUGAUAACCUUUCGGAAUCUAAUUUUGCCACGCGUUACUUGCUUUGAAUGGAUUAUAUUUAAAACAUGCAGCAAAUCAAAAUUAAAUUUGUAAAAGAAUUAAUUUAGGUUAAAAAUUGGCACCUACCGGUAUAAAUGUCAUUUACCAGGUCAUGUGUAAUUUUUUACCAUAAUAUAUCAUUAUAACUUUCAUUGGUUUGAAGACUGCAUAAUACGGUUUUAUCCAAGUCGAAGUACCAAUGACAUCUAUAAAAUUAAACUAAAGCUGUGAUACAUGCACAAAUUUAUUUCAUGGCCACUAACCCCAGUAUUGUUAUAUUGAUCUAACCAGUCUAAUAGGGUAGUUAGGAAUCUAAAUAUAGCAACAUAUAAAUACAUACUUCACACUUACCUUGUCAGUUAAGCAUUGCUGGUGUAAACCUGCUAGUGGAUUGAUAGACAGAUAAAUAUAGACCUUGUGUUCCUGGUAUAAGACAGAAAGAGUAUAGACCUUGUGUCCCUGGUAUAAGACAGAAAGUGUAUAGACCUUGUGUCCCUGGUAUAAGACAGAAAGUGAAUAGACCUUGUGUCCCUGGUAUAAGACAAAAAGAGUAUAGACCUUGUGUCCCUGGUAUAAGACAAAAAGAGUAUAGACCUUGUGUCCCUUGUAUAAGACAGAAAGAGUAUAGGACUUGUGCCAGGUUAUGAAAUGGAAGAGUAUAAAACUCUUCUCUAAAAUAAAAUAGAAAAAUAUAGAAAUGCUCCCUAGUAUAAAAUAGAAAUGCUCCCUAGUAUAAAAUAGAAAUGCUCCCUAGUAUAAAAUAGAAAUGUAUAGAGCUGGUCUCUGAUCUGAAUUAGUAUACUUUCAGGUGUUUCAACCAUCAUUAAAACAUUUGUUUUUGUCUAUCAGUCGCCACUCUGUGAGAUGAGACUGGACAUAGAUGGUUUUCUUUAAAUUGUACGCGUCCCUUGUUGUGUGUGAAUUGCAUAGAGAUGUAUUGAUUUGUACACUAAGCCUACUGCAGCUGGGGCUUAGAUCCUUCAAUAUGAUUUGUCAGCUGAUUACAAAAGCAAUAACAAGAAACUGCACAGUGCGAUUUAACAUUGUCAGCAUGCAAUGUAUGUGUGUAACAUUGAAAUCUAGGUCAGUGUAGGUGUCUAAAAAUGAUCUCAUAAAAUCAUUUCUAUUUGUGCAUUUUAUGUUAAGACAAGAGGACCUGUAAGUUAACAGUGUAUUUAAAACUUGAAUUGUGGGGCUACGAGAGGUGACUGUCCCAAGUCUGACUGGCAACCAAGGGUUGGUGGAGUGGAAUUUGCCUGGGGUUAUCCAGAGCCAUGGGCAAAUAACUGGGUGAACUUGCCUGGGGUUAUCCAGAGCCAUGGGAAAAUAACUGGGUGAACUUGCUCAGUGAAGCAUCCAUUCUUAUGGACUAGGGCAACUACAAAAGUUGACUCAGUUAGCUUGGCAUGUUAUUUAAAAUUUACCUGUCUGCACUGACUGCGAAAUAAAGAUGUGUGGAAUGAGUGCAAAACUACACAAUACGCCACUGUUGAACCUAGCAGAUAGUCAUCACAAUAUUUAGUUAAUGGUCUGUUUUGUUUGUCCUCAGAACAAGAUUGGUCCGGCACCCUUCAGUCAUGAGCAGGAAGCCCUGGACAUCAAUGCUCAGAUAGAUUACACAGUUAGAAUCAGCCUUGAGGAUGCUAAAGCCGGCAAUGGUAAAAGGGAAAACUUUGUAUCUUUACACCAACAAAGUGAAAAAAUGAAACUUUUAAAUAAGGCUUUGUAAUAGGCUCAGGUUGCUUUAUGGAAGUGUUUAAAUAUAAAUAUUAUUUUAGUCUUUCUUAUAGAUGUUGGCCUCCAAAGAAAAUCUCAUGAAUAUUUCUUCUUUCUCAGUGUCACGACCAGUAAGAAUCUACGCUGAUGGAAUUUAUGACAUGUUUCACACAGGGCACGCACGACAGCUGAUGCAGGCCAAAAUGGCGUUUCCACAUACUUAUCUGAUAGUUGGAAGUGAGUGGGAAAAUGUUGAUAAUGACAGGCCAUGGAGCUCGUGAUAUGCAUAUCUCAUGGUUGACAUUCUUUUCUAACCCGACACCAAUUAUAAAGGGUGGAAUAUUUCAAAAAGCUUUGUUAGGGAGCUGUAAUUAAAAUAUAGUUGUAAUGAUCACAAACAAUACUAAAACAUGGUAGAAAAUCACAUACACUACUAAAAUGGUAGAAAAUCACAUAUAAUACUAAAAGAUGGUAGAAAAUCACAUACACUACUAAAAUGGUAGAAAAUCACAUAUAAUACUAAAACAGGGUAGAAAAUCGCAAACAAUACUAAAACAUGGUAGAAAAUCACAUACACUACUAAAAUGGUAGAAAAUCACAUAUAAUACUAAAACAGGGUAGAAAAUCACAUGUAAUACCAAAACAGGGUAGAAAAUCACAUAAUACUAUAACAUGGUAGAAAAAUCACAUAAAGUACUAAAACAGGGUAGAAAAUGAAAUACUAUACUAAAACAGGGUAGAUAACACAGUUCUAAAACAUGAAGCUAAGACAGUGUUUGCCUGAUGAGAGUCCUUGUUAAUAAACGGUGGUGAGACAGAUGUAAUUGUGCCUGACAUCCCUCUGUUACAGUAUGCAGUGAUGAUAUGACAUUCAAAAACAAAGGGAGGACAGUGAUGAAUGAGGUGGAGCGCUACGAGGCUGUGAGACACUGUCGUUAUGUGGAUGAGGUCGUUACCGAUGCACCCUGGACUUUGGAUAUGACCUUCUUAGAGAAACAUAAGGUAAGGGAGACCCCCCACUGUAACAGCAGAUAUUUUCGUUUUAGUUCAAUUUAAUUUGAUCUUGGGCCCUGUGCAUGUGUGCCAGGUCUCUUCUGUUGGUAUCUAAUGUUGACAUGUGGUCCACCAAUGAAAUCAAUGAGAUUUUGGCUUUUAUCCCUCACAUUUAAUUUCAAUAAAAUAGCCCACUCAUGUAUGCCAUACAUAAAUAGAAAAUUAACAAUGGAUCUGUCAAUACUACUCUAGUUAAGCACCAAAAUAAGAGAUGCUGUUGUUGCAGAUUGACUUUGUUGCUCAUGAUGAGCUGCCUUACACAACAGGCUCAGAGGAUGAUGUCUACAAAUUUGUUAAAGAAAGAGGCAUGUAAGUUUAAACAAAAAUUAAUUUCACUUAACACAUUCUUGAUCAUGUCACCAUGGACAGAACACAACAUGUUUCUCUGGCACAUUCAAAAGUCACUUCAGUUUCCACUGUAAAGCCAUCGAUUGCUAAUAAGAUCUAUAAGACUCAUUUUCUAAAAUGAUUUUAACCUUAUAAUGCUUACCUACUUAUUAAUCUACUCUAUACUAGUAACGCUACAGAUAGAAUCUAUAUGGAGAACAAAUUAAUUACAAGAUUUGGUAUGUUGUUUCCAUAUGGAAUGAACCAAAUCCACAAUUUUACCUAACUGCCAUGUCUUUUUCCUGUUUGAUUUUUACAAUUAUGUUAAAAUCAGUUCCUUUCUACUCCUUUUUACUUUGUUUUUGUCUGGGUUUUUUUUCUGUUUUAGGCAGGAUAUGUAUAUUUAUAUUGUGUAAAUUUAAUUUAUACUUAUUUAAAUGUGUUUUUUUUGUUUGUACUGAUGAAGGCAUGUGCCGAAAUGUUUACUUGUGUAUAAUGUAUAAUUAUUAUUAAAGCGUAACUUAUAUUGUUCUAUUGACACAAUUUGUUGCUGUCUUAUAAAUCCUGUCUGCUUAGGAAGGCUCUUAGCCCAAAUGUUCAUCUGUUAUUGUCCUGUCUUUCUUUUUAAAGCUUCCCCCACACCUUUUUCUUCUAUUUCCUUCACACCACUUGAACGCACUCCUUCAUUUAUUAUCCUUUAUUGCCCCAAAUCGACUGUAGAGCUCUUUCCCCCAUGUUCCCUGCAGGUUCCUGGCAACACAAAGAACUGAAGGGAUAUCCACCACUGAUGUCAUUACUAGAAUUAUUAAAGAUUAUGACUUGUACAUCAGAAGAAACCUGGCCAGAGGCUACUCACACAAGGAUCUUAAUGUCAGCUAUAUGAAGGUAAGUACCACCAAUUUGCACUAGAUUUGGGAUGGGUUAUGGUUGGGAAUCUUUGGGGGAGCAUUUAAAAUAGUCAGGUCAUUAAUAUAGUUUUGUAUUUGUCAUUCAUCCCUGUGGUAUUCAGAUGUUAUAUCUAUAUGUAGUUUUUAAAGCCUUCGUAUUAACUGCACCAGACCUGUUUACCCUCAAACUCUUAAAAUCGUACAAUAUCAUCACAAAAUUGUUCAAUACCUUAUAUAUAGAGUAAAAAAUAUGCAUACAGUAUAUACGUUUACACCUCAAAACCGUACAUUGUACGCCAAACUCGUAAGAGUAAACAUGUCUGCUGCACUUUUGUUCUUGUGAUUUUUUUUCUGGGUUUGUGGCAAAAUCUUUGGAAGGACCAGCUCCCAUCAACUGAAACUUGGCACAUAGACUUGUUGCUGAUGACAACACAUUCUUUAAAAUUUUCAGCCCCACCCCCAACCCCCAAAAAUCAGUUUUAAGGCUACCAGCUGCCACCGAUUUCAUGAAAUAAAAUUCCUGUUAAUUGCACUAAAUAAGAUUUUAACUCUUUCGAUGCAGAACAACGCACACUGCAUUCUUCUGCCGUUCUCAAAAGCAGUGACCAACGCACUGUGUGUUGUUUUAAUAUCAUGUUUGUUUCUUGGCUAUUUCUCGGUUAAACUUUUUGAGAGCUAUUUUUAAAUAAGACUUUUACAUAGAUGAGUGGUAUUUCAUUGUUUGUAAGUCAUUUGAAGUAUUAUUUUAACGAUUUUCUUCCUUUUUUUUUCUACUGUUGAUAUGGCAUUAGUAGGUGAAUAAGUUUCCUAGACGAUUAACAGGUCAAAAGCUUUGGAAUAGUUUUAUACUAUUUCUUUUGAUAGUGAAGAUGAUUUAUAUUUAGAUCCAUCGCAUGAUUCCGAUAGUAGUAGUUUUAGAAGAUUUGAGUUAUAGAAGGGAAGAUGAGGUAUGCGUACAUCAUAGGGUUUGGGGAAAAAAGGGUUUAGCAUAAAAUGUUUUCACAUUUUUUGGUUCUUUUCUGUAACUUAUUUUAUUUAAAGUGAAGAAAUAAGUUUACAAACCUAUAGUCCUUUCAAUUAUCUUUCAUGUGAUACCAAGUUCAGUCUUAUAAACCAAAGAAUAAUAUUUUAAAUAUUUGUUAAUAAACCCAACCUCUCACCCUUUUUUGCUCUUUGAAAAAAAUGUACAGUUUUUUGGAUAAAACAAUUCUUAUAAAGUGGGUUACUUGUAUGCAUGUCUUGUCAAAUUUGGAGCCCUUGCUCGAUAGUACAUUUUGUAUAGGAUUCAUACCAACACUAUAUUUUUAUGGAUUGUUAAGUUUUACUGAUAAAAUAGCCACUUGUUCUUAUCUAUUUGACCUUGACAAUGUUUCUACUUCCUGUUUGGAAAUAUUUGUUGAAAUGAAUAAUAAUAAUAAAGUUUAUUUGAAAAUCACGCUUCAUCUCCAAAGGCUCGAAGUGCGGUGCAUAGUCUAAUAUAUUAAAAGAGAAAUGAAACAAUCUAUAAUAUACCACAUUGAAAUACAAAAUGCAACAUUACAAAACUAUAUACAAGAAUACCCAUUCUAAGUCUUUCAUACCUAACAACCAUAAACAACACAGGCCAAUAUAUAUCCACAAGAUAAUAGCUCUGUUGUUCGUCCGUCGAGGAUCGACGAUGACCAUCGAGUCGUCUGGUGACUGAUGACUUGCGCGGGUGACUUUUGUUUAAAGUGAGGAAGAGUUGCGCAGCGUCAACCUCACUCUCUCGUCCGAGCCCACCAUAUCCAGUGGCAAGACUCUACGUCAAGACGACCAGGGAUGGGUACGGUUGCAGGAAUUGACAUUGUAUGCGCCUUACGGGACUCCAACUCCGGGUUUGAAUUCAGAGUUUCCUUCUCUUAGAUGAGUUGCCGACCAAGGUUAACGAGUCUCAUCCACCCGGGGUGAUGUUUUUGCUUGACCGGCCUUUGGCUGAAAUUGAGGUUUGCUCAGUUUAGACCAUUCGGCCACCCAGUCACCCAUGCAGUGAAUGACCAUGGCGUUCUACGUGUCUGGUCAUGUUCUCAGCGAUUCACACCACUGUGCUGUCUCCGCCUUUUGUCCGUUGACCAAGUAGUGGUUCUUCCGCACAAUUUGCAGGAUUCAGUCUUUACAUGCUAUGGGGGACAAACCUUUUUUUUCCCGAAAGUUCUAUGCCCUUCGGCUACCCUCAAGCUGGAAUCGUUGUCUGGGUUGUAGUCGGUGUGCAUGUUACAGCUUCUUGGAACCACAGGUGAGAGCUGAGUACAGAGACUUCCGGCAGUUUCCGAACAAGAUGGCUUCUUCCUAUUCAGCCUAACAGUACAUCUAUAUUGUAGUUGUAAUUUAAAGGAGAAAUACGUUGAUAACAGCAUAAAUUCUGAUCCUGAAUGGAACCGCAAAACAAUAAAAAUUAAUUAAAACUUCGAAUUUUCUUGCGUUGAAGCCAAUUUCCAAUAAUCAUCUUUAACUAUCCCUCUUGCUUUACUGAAGCGCCUACACACUGAGAUUCCUUCCUAUUGUGUUUUACUAUACCGCCAUUUUGUUGUAGCCGGAAGUUAUCCUUUGUUUAGUGACAAUGGAGAUUUUGUUAACGAAAUGUUGUUGAGAGAAAAAUUACGUAUCCGAAACAAAGAUUCUGAUCCUCUGCAGAUUCUUAAGCAUAUAUUCAUAAGAAAGAACUAUUUCAUACAAUUAUUUUCUUGUAAAAUCCAUGUUUCCUUCCUUUUGUGUUCUUUUGAAUUUUUUCUCCACCAACUUGUUGCAGCCGGAAGUUUUAUGUUGCGUGUAAGAUAAUAGCUAGAUAGACAACAUCCCCCCAGCAGGUAUUUGCGAAAAAGAUAUGUCUUCAAAUCAGUUUUGAAAGACUUCAGUGACUGGCUGUUUCUGAGAGCGACAGGAAGGGUGUCCAAAUUGUUGGUCCAGCAAAUGCGAAAGUGCGCCUUCCGUAAGUCUCAAGGUGACCAUGUGGUAUCGAGAGUUUGCCACUAUCAGAUGAACGGAGUUGUCUAGUGGAUACAUAAGGCGUCAGCAGCGCUUUGAGAUAGGUCGGUGCCAGGUCAUGCAAGCAGCGGUAGCACAGAGUUGCAAUUGUGUACUCUAUGCGAGCGCGGACCGGCAGCCAAUGCAACUCUCUCAGAAGUGUUUUAGCACAGAGUUGCCAUUGUGUACUCUAUGCGAGCGCAGACCGGCAGCCAAUGCAACUCUCUCAGAAGUGUUUUAGCACAGAGUUGCCAUUGUGUACUCUAUGCGAGCGCUGGCCGGCAGCCAAUGCAACUCUCUCAGAAGUGUUUUAGCACAGAGUUGCCAUUGUGUACUCUAUGCGAGCGCUGGCCGGCAGCCAAUGCAACUCUCUCAGAAGUGUUUUAGCACAGAGUUGCCAUUGUGUACUCUAUGCGAGCGCUGGCCGGCAGCCAAUGCAACUCUCUCAGACGUGUUUUAGCUUGGUGUUGAUUGUUUUUUAGUCCUAACUUAAAAUUGGCCAUGACUUCCAGAUUUAGUUCCAAAGUUCUCUCACCACAAUCUGAAUGUGCUGCCUUAUUUUACUGUCCUUGUUCCAUGUUUUGAUUGACAAGGUUUAGUAAUGCAUUUAGGAGGACUGACCUACUUACUUCUGUGGUUUUAAUGAUCAAGUUUUGUCUUAAGUUUACAAUGACUGACUUGCAUUUUUGUGUCUGACACUGAUAGGCCAAACGUCUUAAGCUGAAAGACAACUAUGAAAAACUUGAGAACAAGUUGAAGGAUAAAGGCAAAGAUUUGAUGGACAAAUGGAAAGAUCAGCUUGGCAAAGGAAAUGAGAUGCUCCACAAAUGGGAGGAAAAAUCCAAGGAAUUUAUUGGCAACUUUGUAGAAAUGUUUGGCAGAGAAGGGAGAUUGGUAAGUCAACAAUGUACAUGACUGUAGUAUUUGAGUGAUGACAAGGAAUCUUUGUGAAUUUUUAACAUGGUUCGUAUCAAUUUACAUUAGUAUAAUGUCAAACUCCAGUUGGUGUAAAAGUAUAAACAUUAUAUCCUUAGGAACAAAUACAGGAACAAAGAGAGGUUUAUUUUUUAAUGAGGGAUCAAAAACUGUAGGGAUUAAAUGUCUUUUAGGCUGUGGCUAUAUUACCUUCAUCACAUGACCUUCAGUUUGUCUCUGUCUAUAGCUACAUUACCUUCAUCACAUGAUCUACAGUUUGUUGUUGUCUUUAGCUACAUUACCUUCAACACAUUACCUUCAUCACAUGACCUACACCCACCUAGUAGAGCCAAACUAUUUAAACUUGUUUAUCCAUAGGGCCAGUGGUUCCAAGAGAAUUCUCUGAGAAUUGGUCGUGCCAUCUCACCUUCAUCAUCACCUCUGCCAGACUCGCCACCUUCACCUUCGACCUCUGACCACGACUCUGCGGCAAGCCCUCCGGCCAAACGGGGCAGGUACACCCCUCCUGUCAUAGAUGACUUAUCCGAUGAGGAAGAGGACAAUGACUGAUCCACCACAGGUCAACCGGCGAGGGGUCAGACGGACAGUUUGAUCGGACCAGCACAGCCUGGGACAAACAAUGCAUUCUUGUUGUUGUCUUUGUUGUGGAGGACCUCAUCGCUGUUGUCAGCUUACAAGUUCAUUUUAAAUUUGUUUUGGUGUUAUGUCAGAUUUAGCAGAAGCUUUGAAUUUUGUUAUUGAAUCAAGAAUUGGGUUACAUCACUUGUGUUUAAUCAUGGAGAAACUCUGGACUAACAUUUAAUAUUAUUUUCUACAUCUCUUAUUGGCCUAAUGUGUGGGUUUUUUAAAAAUGUUUACUCCUUGUUUCCCUCUUCAUGACAUCAUAGACAUGUCUCAGUCAGACAUUUUGGUUCAGUCUGCCCAUGACAAAACUUUCAUGAAGUUGUCUUAGCUGUUGACAAUAAAAUAAAUUCAUAUUUAUUUUGAUGUGAAUUGCAUUUGAAUACGUAAUGGUGAAAGUUUUUCUCUCUCGAGUUUCACCAGUUAAAAAAAAAAUCAUGGUGCUUUGCAUUUGUUUUUCUUAGCUUAGUUUUCCCAUUGGUUAGUAGAUGUUGCACUGUAGGCCAUCUUGGCGUCCAUGCUUUGCUCUCAUUUGUAGCUCUUACUUUUUGAAGCUCAUCAUUACAGAUCAGAUCAGUUUUAAUUUAAGUUUGCUUCUACUCUUGGGUCAGUUCAUUCUAAAAAAAAACAUUGAUUAGUUUCACUCUUUGCUUCUAUUGAAAGUAACAUAUUGAUGACUAGUUACCUUGUUUGUUUUUUCAGAGUGAAAGUAGAACAUUGUACUGUCUUGCUUCACCACUCUGAUCUAUGUUAGUUGCAUUCCAAUAUUUAUUUUACUGCUUUUGUUUACAAUUGGAAAUUAAUUCUGAAAACUGCUUUCCGGUCAAAGCUAUAUUAAAAAAAAAUCCAAGAAAAGGCAUUAGUCAUCAUUAGUGUGACAUUGUUUUAAUGUAUAGCUUGCCAAGGCCGACCACUAUCAGGGUCCACCUUGGAGGAUAACCUGGCUGCCCUUCAAGGAGGCUAGUUUUGUCUUCCAAUAAGUUGCUACAAUUGCAGCUGUCUGUCUCCUUGCUUGCUGUGUUUCUUGUUGAUAAACUUAUAAAUUUUAUUGAUUGACAUUAGGAGAUGACAUCAGAAGCCAUCAUUUAUUAUUACCUUGUGAAUCUACCAAAGUGUUCAAACACACUGCUGCACAUCUAGAUCUACCACAGUGUUCAAACACACUGCUACACAUCUUAGAUCUACCACAGUGUUCAAACACACUGCUACACAUCUAGAUCUGCCAAGUGUUCAAGCACACUGCUACACAUCUAGAUAUAACACAGUGUUCAAGCACACUGAUAUAACACAGUGUUCAAGCACACUGCUACACAUCUAGAUCUAACACAGUGUUCAAGCACACUGCUACACAUCUAGAUCUAACACAGUGUUCAAGCAUACUGCUACACAUCUAGAUAUAACACAGUGUUCAAGCACAAUGCUACAUAUCUAGAUAUAACCUGUUCAAUCACACUGCUACACAUCUAGAUAUAACACAGUAUUCAAGCACACUGCUACACAUCUAGAUCUAACACAGUGUUCAAGCACACUGCUACACAUCUAGAUAUAACACCGUGUUCAAGCACACUGCUACACAUCUAGAUAUAACACAGCGUUCAAGCACAUUGCUACACAUCUAGAUAUAACACAGUGUUCAAGCUCACUGCUACACAUCUAGAUCUAACACAGUGUUCAAGCACACUGCUACACAUCUAGAUAUAACACUGUGUUCAAGCACACUGCUACACAUCUAGAUCUAAAACAGUGUUCAAGCACACUGCUACACAUCUAGCAAUGAGAGACUUUUAAUAAGAAUAAACCUAUCGGUCCUUACUGUUUCUAGAUAAUUUGAAGAUUUGUUGAAAUGUUGAGUACCGGUAAUAGUUAACAUUUACAAACAAGUUAUUGUUAUAGUUAACAUCUAUCCAUGACUUGAUAUCAUUAAAUUGCUACUCGUGUCAUUAAAAUGCAGUACCUGGGGUAUUAGGGAUUGUAAUAUGGACUUUUAGUACCUGGGAUGUUAGGUUGUAUAUGAGGUGUUAGUACCUGGGGUGUUAGGUUGUCUAUGAGGUGUUAGUACCUGGGGUGUUAGGUUGUAUAUGAGGUGUUAGUACCUGGGGUGUUAGGUUGUCUAUGAGGUGUUAGUACCUGGGGUGUUAGGUUGUAUAUGGAGUGUUAGAGGUUGUAAUAUGGGGUGUUAAUACCUGGUGUGUUAGCUUGUAAUAUGGGGUGUUAUCACCUGGGGGGUAAGGUUGUAAUAUGGGGUGUUAUCACCUGGGGUGUUAGGCUUUAUAUGUCUUGUUAAGCUGCUGUGUCAAGGAUGUUAUUUUGCUUUGGGGUGGGGGGACUAGGCUGGGGUGGAGGGACUAGGCUGGAGUCUAUUACCAAUUUAAAUGGGAAUAAAGUUAAAAUAAAACUAGAAAAGUAUAGAUGUCUUGAUGCAACCAUUACACAGUUGUCAUGUUUGGGUGGUCCAUGAUAUGAGAUAAAGGAUUCUCUAAGAUAACAAGUUUGGCAGUGAAUCCAUCCAUGAACUAAGUAUUGAAAUACAUGAACACUAAUGACAGCCUGCCAUGCACCCCCAUCUUGUAUCCAUCCUAAACAAAUGGAGUGUGAAUGUAGCCACCCACUCAGAUUAUGUUUUUAUAUGAUGAUAUACCAGUGAUGUAUUAAUUGUAUAGUUACCAUCUUGAUUUACAUCAUAGGGGAUACUAGAUAAAUCUGUUACAGAAAUAUAUUAUGUUUUUCUUUCUUUCUUUUUUUUUCUGUGUUUAUUUAAUAUUUUUUUUUUUAGCUCUAGACCGUAGUGAUGCAGCAGAAGGUGAGUGAGACCUAAACUAGAACAGCAUUUUCAGCCAGUGAACCUUGAGAAUGAAUUUCUAUGGAUAGAUUGGUGCAGAGUACUACUAAGACAUGUAGAGAUGCUUACGUUUGCUUGCCUUUAUCUCUUGGUUCUGCCCUCAGUUACUUGGGUCAUCAGCUGAAGCUGUGCUGGGUUCAUUCUGCCCUCAGUUACUAUGGUCAUCAGCUGAAGCUGUGCUGGGUUCAUUCUGCCCUCAGUUACUAUGGUCAUCAGCUGAAGCUGUGCUGGGUUCAUUCUGCCCUCAGUUACUUGGGUCAUCAGCUGAAGCUGUGCUGGGUUCAUUCUGCCCUCAGUUACUUGGGUCAUCAGCUGAAGCUGUGCUGGGUUCAUUCUGCCCUCAGUUACUUGGGUCACCAGCUGAAGCUGUGCUGGGUUCAUUCUGCCCUCAGUUACUAUGGUCACCAGCUGAAGCUGUGCUGGGUUCAUUUCUCUUGUUUCUAUUUAUUGUGAAGUUUAACAUUCUAUUUCGUUCGGUAUAAAAAUAAUUUUAAAAGUAAAUCAAUUGCCGAUGUUGGUUUACGUAUUGCUGGGCGCCUGCUAAAGAUGAACUUAAUAAAACGUCAAUGUUGGAUUCAUUCCGGGCUUAGCUUAAAAUCCAAAUUGUAAGUGGAGUCAGCAAGAUUUACCUAUGAAUUUCAAGUAUUAUUAAAACUGUUAUAACCAAUGGUGUACCUUGUGAGAAGAGGGUGAGACACCAACAUUGUCAUGAAAUGAAAGGAUUUUUGGUAUAUUAUCAACAUUGUCAAUUACAAAAGGAUUUUUGUUAUAUUUUCAACAUUGUCAAUAACAAAGGAUUAUUGGUAUAUUAUCAACAUUGUCAAUUACAAAAGGAUUAUUGGUAUAUUAUCAACAUUGUCAAUUACAAAAGGAUUAUUGGUAUAUUAUCAACACAGUCAAUAACAAAUGGAUUUUUGUUAUAUUAUCAACAUUGUCAAUUACAAAAGGAUUUGUGGUAUAUUAUCAACAUUGUCAAUAAAAAAAAGGAUUUUUGUUAUAUUAUCGACAUUGUCAAUAACAAAGGAUUUUUGGUAUAUUAUCAACAUUGUCAAUAACAAAAGGAUUUUUGGUAUAUUAUCAACAUUGUCAAUUACAAAAGGAUUAUUGGUAUAUUAUCCACACAGUCAAUAACAAAAGGAUUUUUGUUAUAUUAUCGACAUUGUCAAUAACAAAGGAUUUUUGGUAUAUUAUCAACAUUGUCAAUAACAAAAGGAUUUUUGGUAUAUUAUCAACAUUGUCAAUAACAAAAGGAUUUUUUGUAUAUUAUCAACAUUGUCAAUAAGAAAAGGAUUUUUGGUAUAGUAUCAAUAUUGUCAAUAACAAAAGGAUUUUUGUUAUAUUAUCAACAUUGUCAAUUAGAAAAGGAUUUUUGGUAUAUUAUCAAAAUUUCCACAAUUUUCGCUUGUUUUGGACAACCACAGAAAAGUUUUCCUUUAAAAAUGACUAUUCCAUUGUGUGGACUGUUCCAACUAUCUGUGAUAAUUCUCACAUGGUUCAAUUGAUUCAAUUUGUUUAUGCACACAAAUUAAAAAAAGGCAGAAUGC